CCCAUUCCUGCAUAACCCCUACACACACACACACACACACACACACACACACACAGAGCGAGAGAGAAAAAGAGAGAGAGACGGAGAGAAAACGAACAACAAGAAGAUGGAAGGAAAAGCGACUGCAUCUCCAGCUGGAAUGAAGGCACCCACAUACCUGGCUUGGUCCAUCUUUAACGCAGUAUGCUGCUGUACUCCUCUAGGAAUCAUCGCAGUUGUGUACUCCUGUCGGACUGACACGGCUAAUCUUAUUGGAGACACUACAAGAGCUAAAGCAAGUUCCAGUCUGGCCAAGAAACUGAAUAUCGCCGCACUGGUCAUUGGAAUCGUUUUUAUCAUCGUUUCUAUCGUCGCUGCUGUGAUAAUGCAUCAAUGGGCCGAACAAUACAUUAAAACGUCAAUGGAACAAAUCAAAAAGCGUUAUUAAGAUCACAAACGUAUACUUCAGUCUACAUCCUUUGUUUGUACAUCCUCACAUUUUUUAUUUUUAUUUUUAUAUAUAUAUAUAUAU